GUUCAAAUUGGCGGCACCGUAUCGAUAUUUAUAGAGAGAGAGAGAGAGAGUGAGAGAGAGAGCGCAUUUUGGGGUAGGGUUCUUGCAGAAGGUCUUGAUUCUGUAUCGUUAGGUGAAAAAAUAAUGGGGGAUGGGAAUAGAAUUGGGAUUGAUUCGUCAUCGUCAUCAUUAGAGUGUGAUUUUGGGUUGGGUUUGAAGAUGCAGGUGCAACCCACUGAAUCAUCAACUUGUAAGAGGGCCAUGGUCUUCCCUCAUUAUUAUCAGCUUUCUUCUUCCCAGAAAAAUAGCUUUUUUGGUGUUGGAGGUGGUGGGGGCGGCGGCGGUAGUGGACGGGCCAACUUUUAUAACACAAAUUAUAACGAGGCAGUAGGGUGUGUGAACAAUAUCUACGAUUCUAUGGGCGGCGGCGGAGAAGUUUUUCCGAGGAGCUCUGACAAUAGUGCUUUCAAAGGAGCCAUGAUAAUGUCUGGAAAAGCUCUUUUUACAGGAACACAGUGGCAAGAACUGGAGAGACAGACAAUGAUAUACAAAUACAUAUUGGCUUCUAUCCCUAUUCCACCUCAACUCCUCUUACAGCUCUCAAAUGCCCCAAUUCUAACACAUGCCUUCCAAUCUAAAACAUCUGGUUUGGAUUUGAGGUUCUCGAGCGGGUCGGAUCCAGAGCCAUGGAGGUGCAGGAGAACAGAUGGGAAGAAAUGGAGGUGUUCAAGGGAUGUAGCGCCUGAUCAGAAAUACUGUGAGCGCCAUGCCCACAAAAGUCGACCCCGUUCAAGAAAGCCUGUGGAAACUCAAUCCCUGAACACUACUACCAACAAUUAUUCUCAACAAUCUCUUCUCCUUCCACCUAAUACUACCACUCAAAACUCAAUGGACUUCGCUAAUCCAUAUGACCAAACAAGGUGCACAGAAUGGUUGAUGGGAAGUGUAAGCAGCAGUGGCACCAUCCCCGUCUCUACUUGUAACCAACAAUGGCAUCAACUUAUGCAGUCAUCAUCAAAAGUGGAAUAUUUGAAUAGAGACAACACUGUCCAAAACGAGAAUAAUGUGUCUACAUUUCAAUACGAUGAUAAACAAGAUUUCAUGAACUUAUUUCUUGAUCACCCCAAGUUAGCCUAUUUACAAGGAAACCUUGAUUUAAACACUGAAAAAACACAGACAACGAGGCGUUUUAUUGAUGAAAGGUCAACAGGAGAGAAAGACGGCGAUGAAGGGUCUGCUGCAUCUUUAAACAAGAAGAUGUUUUCACCCUCGUCUUUGACUCUAUCAAUGUCAAGAGGAAUUGGGAUUGGCGAUGAUAAUGACCACAAUGCUGCAAUUGGUAUUGGGACCAUGAAGACUGUUAAAGAAAAUGAUGGAUUUUUGAAUUCUGUUUCUUGGAUGAAUUCUCCGCAGGGUGGACCGUUGGGUGAAGCAUUGGGACUCGGCAAUUCCACCGCAGGUGGUGGUGGAAAGGGGUGUUCGGAUUUGGCUUCACCUCAUGGGUAUAGCAAUAGCACUGCUAAUAGCAGCAACUGCAGUAAAAGUUCUUGCGAGGAUGGCAGCUAUGCACACAAUUUUAUCGGUUGACUGCUCAACUUUUUGAACUUGAGCCUAGUGCUGGCCAAACAGAAGCUAUUUGAUGUGUUUAUUUCGUUUAAUUUGGUUCCCUUACUCUUCAUGACUCUUUUAUUUAUGUACAUUUGUGUCCUUUUCAUAAUUAGCAAUAGAUACGCUGCACUGUUCGCUUUUAAGGUGGCCCGUGCCAUUUACUAUGUCCAGAAUUGCUCAUCGGUGGGCCAACUGUAUUGGGCUUAUUGUGCUCGUACAAUUAUUUGCAUGGACCUAUAUAGGUACUCUUUUAGAAA